AAAGUGUAGCCAAUAUGUGGAUAAUAUUAUCCAGAGAUAACGUGUGGAUAUCGUCCCAGAUCUCCUCAACCUCAUCGCUACCGUUCAAAUGCUCUUUCUUUCUUCUUUUAGCUUAAGCUUGCCGGCAAUUAUCACUUCUAGACUUAUCCAUCACUCCAUACUCGUUGAUUCUUUCUUCCAUAUAUACCCUUCUCCGGCCGGUGAUAUAUCCAUCUAUCCAUGGCUGCCAUCACAAACUUCCUACUCAUAAAGCCAACCCCGGAGUUAGCAUCCAUCCCCAGAAUCACUCCCUUCUCUUACGACCCUUCUGCAACCUUACAGGGUAGUCGUCGGAAAACAAAACUAUCUGCAAAUAAUCUCAAACCAAACAGGCCCUUGUUUGUAGCAAAAGCCAGCGCCGGCGCCGGCGCCGCAGCCAGCGGGGUGAAGAAAGCCAACAAGGAUGAGAGAGUGCAGCAAGUCCACAGCGCGGAGGAGUUCGACGAGGCUCUCCGGCAGGCCGGGAGCCGGCUGGUGGUGGUGGAAUUCGCGGCCAGCACGAGCGUACACUCGAGCAAGAUCUACCCGUUCAUGGUGAACCUGAGCAAGACGUGCAACGACGUGGAUUUUCUCCUGGUGAUGGGCGACGAAUCGGAGAAGACCCGGGAGCUUUGCCGGCGGGAGAAGAUCGAGAAAGUCCCCCACUUCAGCUUCUACAAGAGCAUGGAGAAGAUCCACGAGGAGGAAGGGAUCGGCCCCGAUCAGCUGAUGGGCGACGUGCUCUACUACGGCGACAGCCACUCCGCCGUGGUCCAGCUCCACAGCGGCCGCGACGCCGAGAGCCUCAUCGAGAAGCACCGCAAGGACCGGAAGCUGGUGGUUCUGGACGUGGGGCUCAAGCACUGCGGGCCCUGCGUUAAGGUGUACCCCACGGUGGUUAAGCUGUCGAAGCAGAUGGAGGACACGGUGGUGUUCGCGCGGAUGAACGGCGACGAGAACGAGAGCUGCAUGAAUUUCUUGAGAGAAAUGGAGGUGGUUGAAGUUCCCACGUUUUUGUUCAUCAGAGACGGGUUGAUUGCCGGAAGGUACGUCGGCUCCGGUAAGGGGGAGCUCAUCGGAGAAAUUCUUAGAUACCAAGGCGUUAGGGUGACUUAUUAGAUCAAUUUCAAUUGUAUGUUUACUUUGAUAUGAUAUGAUGAUAUAUAUAUAGUCGUCCUCUACAGGCCGGGAAUAUUGAUGCAAUAAUA